UAUUUGCUCGUUUUGAAUUAUCACCGUGGAGUUGAUUUGAAUUGAAGCUCGCUUUGGACAAAAGGGAGAUAUCGAUUUCAAAACAGCAAAACUAAAAAAAUUCAUCAGAUAAAAAGUGAAGCGUCCGAUUCAAGUCAAGCUUAUUAUUGGUUUCAAUCUGGUUCCAAACAUAUCCAAACGAAAUCGAAAAAUAGAAGAAAUCAUACGUUGAAUCGUUUCCUUUUCAAUCAAUUCCAUAGAUUCUUUUCUUAUUGUUCAGUUGUAGAAGCAAAAGACAUGUGGCCAUCAUUCGCAAUCAUUCUUAUAGUGGGGGCUUGUAUCCUUGACAUAGGUGUUCACUGUGAAUUUAAACAAAUUUCAUUGGAAUCCAGUUUGGAGGGACAAUUGCGGGAAUAUUCGUUAAAUGGCAACUUACCUGGCGUUCAAUCACUUAUCAAACGGGGUGUAAAUGUGAAUGCUGUAGAUGACAACGGAUUGGGAGCACUUCAUUUCGCAUCGUUGAAGGGCCGUAUGGAAAUAGUUCGUUAUCUCAUUGAGCAUGGUGCAAAUGUUGAUGCUGAAACCUCAGACAAAAGAACACCACUUCAUUUCGCAGUUUACUUUGGCGAUGUGGAAAUAGUUCGUUAUCUCAUUGAGCAAGGUGCAAAUGUCAAUGCUGAACCAGACGAUCAAAAGACACCACUUCAUUGGGCAGCUGAAUAUAACCGUUUCGAAAUAGUUCGCUAUCUUAUUGAGCAUGGUGCAAAUGUUAGUGCUGAAGCCAUAGACAGAAGUACACCACUUCAUCGGGCAGUUCACUGGGGCAAAGUGGAAACUGUCAGUUAUCUUAUUGAGCAUGGUGCAAAUGUGAAUGCUGAUGGCGAAUAUGAAGGGACUCCACUUCAUUCGGCAGUAGCUGGCUAUGGCCAUGUGGAUCUAGUUCCAUAUCUUAUUGAGCAUGGUGCGAAUGUUAAUGCUGAAACCACAGACAAAUGGACACCACUUCAUUUGGCAGUUAAACUUGGCCGUAUGAAAACAUUUCAAAACCUUAUUGAGCAUGGAGCAAAUGUUAAUGCUGAAUCCAUAGACAAAACGUCACCACUUCAUUGGGCAGCUAACUAUGGCGACGAGGGAAUGGUGCGAUAUCUUAUCGAAAAAGGUGCAAAUGUUUUUGCUCAAAACGAUGCUAAAAAAACACCCCGUCAAAUAGCCGAAGAAAAUAAUCAUCUUGAUGUGGCCGAAAUCUUGCAAAAAGCCGAAAAAAAACCAAAAAGCAAAAUUUCAGAAUAAAAUUUCAUUUUUUCGAUAAGAAAUAAUAUUGAUUGACAACAUGCAACUUAUGACUAUUUCUGGUCAUUAUAAAAUCACCUCGAGAGGAAAUACAAAACCAAAUUGCCUCAUAAAUUUGCUUAGAAUAAAAGAGUCCCAUGAAUAAGGUGGGAUACAAAAAGUCAGAUAAUCAUGAGACACGAUUUAUCUCACCUUUCUCUUGAGUCUUUUUCAUUUCUAUAAAAAUGUUCGAGACACUAUGGAACAAACUAAAUUUUCGCAGAUCAAGAAUAUCCUCGUGCAUUCAUAUCAUCUAAGAAGAAAAUAGAACAGAAUAAAUGUGUAGCCUUUGAUGAAAUUUUCACAUUUUUAUUGAAAAAUAUUCGUUUAGCCUAUAAAUGACACUUCAAUCUUUGGAAUAUUCUGAGUCCUUUGCAUAGAUGUCGUACGGAUUCGAGAUAUCAAGCUUAAAUCAAAAUGUGCUUUAUUUGAAUGAAAAUAAAAUAUUGAAAUGAUUGUAAAGCUAAUCAUGAUUUUGAAUGAAUUUUAAAAAGUGUAUUAAUGAGUUCCGAGCCUUGAAAAAUGUUUUUCUGAUUUGGGCAGCGAGUUAAAAUGGAUAAAAUGGAUAUUAAA